AUGACGCAGGCUAAGUGCCUAGAGCAGGGGCUGGCCACAUCGGCGUUGGCAGCUGGUGAACCCCAUGCCGAAGCCGUCACCCUCGUGCCGCAGGCCACCGUUGCACGGGGCACGGCCGUCUCACGGAGUUCGUCCAUGUGGGACAUGCUGCCCAGUCGAGGGACGUACCGUCAGCGCAGGGAAGUCCUCUGCUGUCGGCAGGACGGCCACUGGGUGGCGCCCGUGAGCCGCAAACGCCGAGGGAUCUGCCGCGAGGGGGACGCGGGUCGCAGCCGGGGAAGGCGCCUGGGCAGCUCUCCCUCCCUAAGAAACAGGCCAGACGACAACCACGCCUCCGCUUGGAGUUUCCCUGGUUUCCAAGCCUCUCUCUCUCUGCGGCUGGAUGACAAAACCAGGAGCCUCCCAGGGCAGGAGAGGGCACUGGAGCCUGGGAAGGGCCAUGUUCCCAUUCGCCGCACAGAUUUAUUUUCUAAAUCGGACGACUGCCCCCGGGUUAUCUGCUUACAGGCAGUGUGUUCUCUGCUAGGACCCGAGGCUUGCACACCAGGGGAGGACACAGCCCGAGGGGCCACCUGCAAGCCAGGCCAUGGAUUCUCACCAGGAACUGAAUCAGCUGGCACCGUGAGCUUGGACCCUCCGGCUUCCCGAACUGUGAGAAACAAAUUUCUGUUGCUAAAGCCACCAGAUCAGUGGUGCUUUGUUACCGCAGCGGAACUGACUGAUACGGGGAUGAUGAGAGUUCUGCUUCCCUGGGGCCGUUGGGCGGGCGGGUGGCAGAAAGAUGCUCAUGAAAAGGUAGAGGGUGGAAGGGCACCGAGCAGAGGCCCAGGGCACACGGGUCGUCCCCGAGGGUGGUCAUCCUCUUAAAGCACA